CAUUUACAAGUACUGUUUGAGAGGAUCCGCAUCCCAAACCUAAACCUCACUGUUGCUCCCCGGGCGUCCCGUAACCCCCCCUUUCCUCUCUCUCGCGCCGGCGCCGGCUCCGACCUUGUCCUCUUGGCACCCGCCGGAGGAAAGUCUUCCCUAUUCCUUUUACAUCAGAAAGAAGCAAAACUUAACAAGAAGAUGGCAGUUGCUAGUGUCAUGGCUUCUUGUUCAGGUUCACUUUUGUUCAUGCCUCAUAUGAUAUCAAUUCCUGCUCGCUGGCCCUGCAAGUCCAAAAUUUGCCAUGUUAAGAUUCCAGGAAGUUGCAUUCAACGGCCAAUUUCAUAUUUUAGGCCCAUAUGUGCAUCAAUAAGAAGUAAUGACCAUUAUGGAUUGUCUUAUGGAGAUGGAUUUGAUAGAGAACCAUUUUGGUUGAGUGUGGUAAAGGGUGUUGCAAUGUGUUUGAAAUCCUUGGCAGUCUUCUUGGCUGAGCAGCCUAGUCAGUUGAAGUACAUUGAAUGGCCAGGUUUCCAGAACACGUUGAGGACAUCUACCCUUACCCUUGUUCUUGUGGCCUUGCUCAUUGUUGCUUUGUCUUCUAUCGACGCAUGUCUCUGCUAUAUAUUGGCGUUGCUGCUCAGAAAAACUGCUUAGGGGAAGCCUUUGGCAGCAUUCCAAAUUGAAUUAGGAGCACGAAAUGAGCAAAAAACUGGGCUCGACUAAAGGAUCAAUCCAGCAGGGGUGCCUUUUCCUUAUUUGAUCUCUCUUCACCGUCAAAAAAGAAUGUAAACAAAUUGUAGUAGGAUGAACAUUAGCUAUUUAUGAAACCAUUUUUAUAAUA